AUGACACAGCGCGAGCAUGAAGUGCUGAAACCCUGGAGCGACCUCUCCAAGGCUUGUGGCUUCGAAGAAUUGGCCCUGCUAAUCCGCCAGCUCUCCAAGAGCCUUGCCAGGUUUCAAGAAGAGGCCCGGAACAGCAGCAACAGCGGGAGUAGCUUCGACGUCCAAGCAGCCUUCAGUUCCAAAGUGGACGAUUGGUUUAGCAACAACGUGGCGCCCUUGCUCUUCGCGGAGCAAGAGCAGGCCACGAACCACUUUGGGAUGACCUACAUCCGAAACCUGCGCACCUUGACGGACAACGCCAAGCACAGCUCACAGACUCUGAACGACUGGUUGGACUCCACAUCGGGUGGCCAGGGAGUCCUGCUUCGGAGCCACCGCAGGGCAUUGUAUUCUGCUGCGUUCAUUCCUGAAACUCCCCAGCCUUCGAGCAGCACGCUGGGCGGAUCCAUGAGGCCCUCUUCACUGCAACCCCUGCUGUCUCCCAACGUUUCCCAGGAGUUCCGGAGUCCCGUGGACACGGCCUUGGGUGAUUUCAUGAGGAGUGCGGCCCUCGAGACGUCACUCCUGAGAAGAUAA